UUGCCAUGGUGACGGAGCCCCCUUUGGGAUAAUGGAACCGUCCCUUCCCCCUCAUCUUUCUUUCUUUCUUCCUUUCUUUUCCCUCAUUCAUCUUCCUCUCUCUCUUGAGGCCUGGCCUGAUGCUCUUCUGAGGUUUCUUCUCCUUCCUUCAUUCCUUCCCUCUGAAGGUUCAAACCAGUGGUUUUAAUUUGGAUGGUGAAGGGUUUCGUUCCCAUCCGUCAAGCCAUGUAGGAUCCAGGCAGCAGAGGCCGGGAGGCGGCAGUGGCGGCAGAGUGUUGUCGAAGGCCUUCAUAACCGGAAUCACUGGCUUGCUGUGAGUUUUCGGGGCUGUAUGGCCAUGUUCCAGAAGCAUUCUCUCCUUGAUAGGUAAAGGCCCUGUCAGUUCUGCCAGUCCUUCCCAUUUGAAUGUCGUCUCCAGUUUGGAGGCACUCUAGAAGCACAGAACAAUAAUGGAAGAAUCAGCUGUCUCCCAGUUAGAAACAUUGCCUUCUGCUGUUGAGACAGAGAGCAGUAGAGCAAUCUCGGAGGACACUUGGAAGAAAGAUCUGGAAAGCAAUUUAGACAUUCAGAGACAUUUUUUCCGGCGUCUCCGCUAUGAGGAAGCUCUGGGGCCCCGAGAGGUUUGCAGCCGGCUCCACUCCCUUUGCCACCUGUGGCUGAAGCCAGAGCAACACUCCAAGGCGGAGAUGCUGGACCUGGUGAUCCUAGAGCAGUUCCUGGCCGUCCUUCCUCCAGAGAUGAAGCGCUGGGUGAGGGAAUGUGGGGCAGAGACCAGUUCCCAAGCAGUGGCUUUGGCCGAAGGAUUCCUCCUAAGUCGGGCAGAGGAGAGGAAGCGGGAGAAGCCUCAGAUGCAGGACUCUUUUGCAGAUGAGACAAAUGAGGUGGAGAAGAUUCUUUCGGAGACCAUUUGCGUUGUCCAGAUUGGAGAUGGAGACUAUAUCACAGUUGGCUAUGAAUCAUGGCCAAGUGAUAGUAGCACAUCUUUUCAUGAUUCCUUACUAAGAAGAGAUUCUGUGGGACCAGAUCAGGUAACCUUUGAAGAUGUGUCUGUGGAUUUCACGGAGGAGGAGCAGGCCCUGCUAGAUCCAAGCCAAAAAGCUUUGCACCAGCAAAUCAUGGAGGAGAAUUUAGAGAUUGUGUCCUCUCUGGGGGAAGAAGAGCUCACUUGUCAUCAAGAAACAAACACAGAUGAUAAACCAUUUAAAUGCUUGGAAUGUGGAAAGAGCUUCUGUCACAAGAGAUACCUUGUUCGUCAUCAAUCAACUCACACAGGAGAUAAACCAUUCAAAUGUUCAGAGUGUGAAAAGAGUUUCAGUCAGAAGGCAAUUCUUAUUCGUCAUCAGGCAACUCACACAGGGGAGAAACCAUUUAUAUGCUGGGAGUGUGGAAAGAGCUUCAGUCAGAAGUCAAACCUUCAUGUUCAUCAGUCAACACACACAGGAGAGAAACCAUUUAUAUGCUCCGAGUGUGGAAAGAGCUUUUGUCGAAAGACACACCUUGUUCGUCAUCAGUCAACUCACACUGGAGAGAAACCUUUUAUAUGUUCAGAGUGUGGAAAGAGCUUCAGUCGGAAGGCAUGCCUCAUUCUUCAUUAUGGGACACACACAGGAGAGAAAGCAUUCAUAUGCUCAGAGUGUGGAAAGAGCUUCAGUCAGAAGGCACACCUUGUUUUCCAUCAGUCAGCUCACACGGGAGAGAAGCCAUUUAAAUGUACAGAGUGUGGAAAGAGCUUCUGUCGGAAGUCACACUUCAUUCGUCAUCAGUCAACUCACACAGGGGAGAAACCAUUUACAUGCUCAGAGUGUGGAAAGAGCUUCAGUCUGAAGGCAGACCUUGUUCGUCACCAGUCAACUCACACAGGAGAAAAACCAUUUAUAUGCUUGGAAUGUGGAAAGAGAUUCAGUCAGAGAUCACACCUUGUUUUUCAUCAGGGAACUCACACGGGAGAGAAACCAUACAAAUGCUUGGAGUGCGGAAAGAGCUUCAGUCGGAAGGCAGACCUCCUUCUUCAUCAGUCAACUCAUACAGAGCUUCAGUCAGAAAGCACACCUUUUUCAUUAUCAGUCGACUCGCACAAUGAAGAAACCAUUUAUAUGCUUGGAGUUUGGAAAGAGUUUCAAUCAGAAGAUAAACCUUAUUAAUUAUCAAAGUUGUCACUAACCAAUAGAUCAGACAAAAAGUUGUCACACUGUGAAGAAGCCAUUUAAAUGCUUAUAGAGUGGGAGAAAAGGCUAAAUUCCCAUCAAUUAACUCACACAAGUGAGAAAGCACUAAAAUGCUUUAAAUGUGGGGGAUAUUUCAACCUUAAAAAAGAAAUCCUACUCCUCAUCAUCUAAUUCGCACAUGAGAGAAACUGUUUACAGUUGUUUGUUUACAGCUUGGAAAAAGCUUUAGUCUCAAGAAAUACCUCAAGCGUCGUCUUGCACUCAACACACUGAAAUGAUUAGUGUGGAAAUAGCUUCAAUCAGGAGAUUCAUUCUUUUCAUCGAGCAGCUAAUGCAGAGGAACAAUUACUUCAUUCUUUGGAGUGCAGGUAGAGCUGGAGAAACACAAGCUUGCUUGUUUCACAUCAGAGAACUCAGAGAAGGCCUAAAUCUUAUUCAAAAAGACACUGAGAUCAAAAUACUGAACUUUAUUGGAAUUAAUAACUCGAUCUCUCUCUGAAAAUAUUCACAAUUUUUCUUUUAUUAAAUAUCUAAUAAAGAAUAAUAGAAAAUAUGUCAAGAGGUAAAGAAUAUUUUAGUGUUUUAUAUCUGUUCAUCCAUAUUGGUUGCUCUAAAUAUUUCGUGUCAUGAAAUUUUCACCGUUGUUUCUCAAAAUAUGUAAGUCAGAAUAAAUCUAUUUUAUUCUGUGUUUAGAA